CUUUGAGCGGACACCUUCCGGGUCGACGGAAAGUUCGCUAGUGCUGCACAGGGCCCCGGACUGUCUGCAAAGGAGGGCUGCUGUCUGUCCUGUUGAGCUCCUCCUGCAGUGUGAGAGUCAGGUGUGUGUGCACCAUGGCGAGCCUCCUGCGUAUUGUGGCGACCAGCUGCUCAGCCCCUGUGUUCAGCAGCGUGUCCUGUGUGAAGGUGCAGAGUUGCCGUGCUUUUAAAUCAUCCUCUGUGAGGUUUUUCAGGACCCAGCAAGCUCUCUGGCGAAGCACAAGUCCAGGUGUCCCAUACAAGCAACUCACAGUCGGUGUUCCCAAAGAAAUUUUCCAGAAUGAGCGACGUGUGGCGCUGUCUCCAGCCGGUGUCCAGGCUCUCAUCAAACAGGGUUUCAAUGUCGUUGUGGAGUCAGGUGCUGGAGAGUCUUCCAAGUUCCCUGACGAACAGUACGCCCAGGCUGGAGCAACAAUUAAAGACAUAAAAGAUGUCCUGGCAUCUGAUGUGUUGGUUAAGGUCCGUGCGCCUACAUUCAACCCUGCAUUGGGUGUCCAUGAGGUGGAAAUGAUGAAGGAAGCGGCAACUUUAGUCAGCUUUAUCUACCCAGCUCAGAACUCUGAGCUGAUGGACAUGCUGUCACAGAAGAAAGCUACCGUUCUGGCUAUGGACCAAGUGCCCAGAGUGACCAUCGCUCAGGGUUAUGAUGCUCUGAGCUCCAUGGCAAACAUUGCAGGGUACAAGGCAGUUGUACUGGCAGCUAACAGCUUCGGGCGUUUUUUCACUGGACAAAUCACAGCAGCUGGAAAAGUGCCUCCUGCAAAGGUGCUGAUUAUUGGAGGGGGUGUUGCUGGGCUAGCUUCAGCUGGUACUGCCAGGGCCAUGGGAGCCAUCGUCAGAGGGUUUGAUACCAGAGCUGCAGCUUUGGAGCAGUUUAAAUCUCUGGGUGCAGAGCCACUGGAGGUGGACAUUAAGGAGUCAGGGGAAGGCCAGGGAGGCUACGCCAAGGAAAUGUCAAAGGAGUUCAUAGAGGCAGAGAUGAAGCUGUUUGCCAAACAGUGUCAGGACGUGGACAUCGUCAUCAGCACUGCUCUUAUUCCUGGUAGGCGGGCUCCUAUCCUAAUCACCAGACCUAUGGUAGAGAGCAUGAAGGAUGGCUCAGUGGUGGUGGACUUGGCUGCUGAGGCUGGUGGAAACAUUGAGACCACAGUACCUGGAGAGCUGUCAGUAUACAAGGGAGUGACCCACAUUGGCUACACAGACCUGCCCAGCCGUUUACCAACCCAGUCCAGCACGCUUUACUCAAACAACAUCACUAAGUUGCUGCGGGGAAUCAGCCCAGACAAGGAGAACUUUUAUCUUGAUGUCAAGGAACAGUUUGACUAUGGAACCCCGGAUCACGUUGUCAGAGGAUCGAUCGUCAUGCAGAAUGGAAAGAACCUGUUUCCUGCUCCCCUGCCCAACAACGUGCCCACUGCAGCUCCUCCAAAACCCAAGUCUGUCCAGGAGCUUGAGGCAGAGAAGGCUUCACAAGUCUCCCCCUUCAGGGCUACACUCACCACUGCUGGCUUGUACACUGGAGGUGCUGCCACCAUGCUGGGCCUGGGCCUGUCGGCUCCUAACGCCGCCUUCACUCAGAUGGUCACCACCUUCGGUCUUGCUGGCAUUGUGGGAUACCACACAGUAUGGGGAGUCACUCCAGCUCUGCACUCUCCACUCAUGUCUGUCACCAACGCCAUUUCAGGUCUGACAGCUGUGGGUGGUCUGUCCCUGAUGGGAGGCGGCUACUUGCCAAGUACUACUGCAGAGACACUGGCUGUGCUCGCUGCCUUCAUCUCCUCCGUCAACAUUGCUGGUGGUUUCCUGGUGACCCAGAAGAUGUUGGACAUGUUCAAACGUCCCACUGAUCCUCCUGAGUACAACUACCUCUACCUGCUUCCUGGUGGUGCCUUCAUUGGAGGUUACGCUGUCGCUCUGCAAUCUGGAUACAACAUUGAACAGAUGAUGUACUUGGGCUCAGGUCUGUGCUGUGUCGGUGCCUUGGCUGGCCUUUCUAACCAGACCACAGCCCGGUUGGGUAAUGCUCUGGGUAUGAUGGGAGUGGCUGGAGGGAUCAUUGCCACUCUGGGUGCUCUUAAACCUAAUCCUGAACUCCUGGCACAGAUGAGUGCAGCUAUGGCUGUGGGUGGCACUGCUGGCCUCACCAUUGCUAAGAAGAUCCAGAUCAGUGACUUGCCCCAGCUUGUGGCUGCGUUCCACAGCUUGGUUGGGCUGGCUGCCGUGCUCACCUGUGUGGCUGAAUAUAUGAUUGAGUACCCCCACUUUGCCACAGACCCUGCAGCCAACCUCACCAAGAUCGUAGCUUACCUCGGCACCUACAUCGGUGGAAUUACUUUUAGCGGCUCUUUGGUGGCGUAUGGCAAACUGCAAGGUAUGCUGAACAGUGCCCCUCUGAUGCUUCCUGGCCGUCAUGCUCUCAAUGCUAGUCUCAUGGCAGCAAGUGUUGGUGGCAUGAUUCCCUACAUGCUGGAUCCAAGCUACACCACUGGCAUCACCUGUCUUGGAUCAGUUUCUGCCCUCUCUGCUGUCAUGGGUGUCACCUUGACAGCAGCUAUUGGAGGCGCUGAUAUGCCAGUGGUCAUCACCGUACUCAACAGCUACUCCGGCUGGGCCCUGUGUGCUGAGGGCUUCCUGCUCAAUAACAACCUGCUGACCAUCGUCGGAGCUCUCAUCGGGUCAUCUGGAGCUAUUCUGUCAUAUAUUAUGUGUGUGGCCAUGAAUCGUUCUCUGGCCAAUGUCAUCCUGGGUGGUUAUGGCACAUCUUCCACCGGCACCGGAAAGCCCAUGGAGAUCACAGGGACACACACAGAGGUCAACGUGGAACAGACUGUUGACAUGAUUAAAGAGGCCCAUAACAUAAUCAUCACUCCAGGUUAUGGGCUCUGUGCAGCAAAGGCCCAGUACCCCAUCGCUGAGCUGGUGAAGAUGCUUAAAGAUGCCGGCAAGAAAGUGAGGUUUGGUAUUCACCCAGUGGCCGGCCGUAUGCCUGGUCAGCUUAAUGUGCUGCUGGCUGAAGCAGGUGUCCCAUACGAUAUUGUCCUGGAAAUGGAAGAGAUUAAUGAAGACUUCCCCGAAACUGACCUGGUCCUGGUGAUCGGCGCCAAUGACACGGUGAACUCAGCCGCCCAGGAAGACCCUAACUCCAUCAUUGCCGGUAUGCCCGUGCUGGAGGUCUGGAAGUCUAAGCAGGUGAUUGUAAUGAAGCGUUCUCUGGGUGUGGGAUACGCAGCUGUUGACAACCCCAUCUUCUACAAACCCAACACCGCCAUGUUGCUCGGUGAUGCUAAGAAGACAUGUGAUGCCCUGCAAGCCAAGGUUCGGGAGGCCCAGGGCCUGUAACACACCCUGCAGCACAGACACCUCCACUGAGAGCACAGGAAACAAGGCAGAGGUUUUUUUUUUUUUUCCAGAAGUACUGAAGUACUCCAACUGAGCGAAGAUGAUUACUGAGAUUAGAGGUUUUUGGCAAACCCUUCCUAAGAUCUCCAAAAAAAUAAUUGUUGCAGUAUGAGCCAUUCAAUGCAGAUACUGUAGAUUUACUUCCCAAUGAAGUCAUGUACGUGAGUACAGACAAUUCUCCUUGACCCCUCUUUUAUUUUUAGAUAUUAAAGGAAGGGUAUGUUACCAAUCUGAAUGUGCUUUGGGUAAUCUGUGGCAUAUUAACAGACUGUCAUGUUCAUUUUAGACAUAUGUAUUUAUGUAAAAACACAAACAAGAGUGUAGGAUUCAAGUGUCGGAUAUGUUCAGUUUCUCAGUUAAGAUGUUCUAGCAACUAGUCAAUAGCUCCAAGAAAACUUUAGACAAAUUAGAAUAAAAAGUCGUGAUGGUAAAUCACCAGAGGGAGUUCUUACAGACCGAAGCACCAACUCCUUGUCCUCACUGUAAAGUUUCCUUCCCCCCUUUCUCCAGAGUUUGACUUUUGUUUCAGUAACUCGGUGUUCCCUUCGAUAGAUCUACCUGCUCAUCUUUUUUUCUGUGUAAGUAAAGAGGAAAGAAAAAAAAAAAAAGCAGAAUGGUAUGACAGUUUUAUAAAGUUCUUUCAGUUCAAGUUUUAAACUGUAUUGUAAGAUGUUUGUAUUUAGUCCAAUGAUUAUCAUAAGCUUAAAGAUUUUCUGUAAGUAGUCAUGCUUUUUGCUUUUUUUUUUUUUCUUUUCUUUUCACCUCAGUGUGUUUUGUGACCUCCAUCAUUGUCUCGUGUGCUGCAACCACACUGGUGCAAAAACAGAAAAACAAACAAAAGCGACAACAAAAAAACUCCAUUCAAAGCUCCUUUGUUGAGCAAGUGAUGCAAUAAACCAGACAUCUUCGAGCUUCUACUGAGACCACAGCUGUCCUACUCUCACAGACUUUCUUGUUGCUCUGAUAGCUGAAUGGAGUUAAUGUUUUUGAACCAGGUGUGCUCCGUCAUCACGUGUUAUUGAGAUACAGUACAUGUCAUGCUUUUUUUUUUUUUUUGCCUUAAUGGCAAAGAAGGGUUUUUCUUUCCAUUUGUUUUUUCUUUGAUAAGUGAAUGUGGCUCAUCCACUCCAGCGUGUGUCCUCAUUACUGCUCUACAAGGAAAUGAAGGAUCACAGUUUGUAAAGUAUAGGGCCUUAUCUAUGUUGACCUGACUGUUGUAUGAGAAUCAAAACAAAAUGCCAAUAUUUAAUCAAAAUUAAUGUCACAUUUCAGAAUAUAUGAACUGUUAGGUAUUGAUAGGUGAGCACCUCUUAACUUUUUUUUCAUUUGUUGUUAAGCUUGAUCAUUUUUAUUAUUAACCUCACAUUGUGCCAAGCCUUCCCCUUUACCCUUUAAUCUUGGCGGAUGCUGCGAUGCAGACAAAGGUUUGGCUCAUGUGAAGUAGUUCAAGAAAGACUAGACAUUUUUGUGGUCCAGUAGUUUUUAAUUUUUAAAGUUUCAUUGCUUAAUAAAUACAUGAACUUUUACUUUUAUUCAUACAGAUGAAUAAGGAAUAAUAGAGAUUAGUAAACAGUUUGAUAAAUAAUUCGUUAGGUGAUAAAUCAGCGGACCACUUCACUUAAAAGCCUGUACAAGUAAGUGUAUACAAGUUAUUGAUUACAGUUUCAUCCUGGGACCUGAUACAUUGACCAUUACAACUAUCCUACCUCUCCAUAAAAUGACCAAUGCCUUUCCACAGGACCUUCACCUGACCAGUUUUAUUGACUCUCCCACAUGAUCGGACCUGUCAUUUUCUGACUCAGUUCAGCCAGUCAGCUCUCGUAUAUCCAAAACCAGGACCAGUAACCUUUUUUUUUGUGUUGGAUUUUCAACCAUCAAACCUCAGUUUUCUGCCAGCGAGUUUAUUCUAUUUUGCAAGUGUAGAGGUGCAGAUGUAAGAACAUUAGUGCUCUAACAUGUCAGUUUACACACAAGCCAUUUUUAAAGACUAUAAAUUUGGGAUAGUAUUUGUAGAUUUGCUACCAUUUUCGAAGAAAAGGUCAAACAAAAGAAGAUGAGGAAGGUUUCGGAAAUUUUUAAAGGUAUGCCCCUUAUUCCCCGUUUAAGCUUUUUUCUUUUCAAGGAGAGUAUUUUUGUAAAGAGGCAUCAUAUUUGUGCAGAGCAACAAUGGGGUUUUGAAGUUCUGUUUCAAUGCGCCAUGUUAGGAAGAUGAAAUGUACUGUGAAUUUGCUUUUCCCCUCAUUUGUUUAUCAUGGAACAUUUUCUUCCCUAAUAAACCGGUAUUUACACAA